UAUGUAUGUAUAUAGAGUAGCUUAGGUUUUGCGGGUGUGAGAAAUUCAAAAUUCAAAGUUUAAAAAUCAAAAAUCAAAAAUUAAAAAUAAAAAAUCAUAGGGGGAGAUCGAAAGAGAAGACGGAGAAGAGAUAUAUACAUAUAUAUGGAGCGUAGUAGAGAAAUUAUUCAGUCUCCACAACUUGAGAUGGCUCGUAUUCUGGUGGAAUUCUUGGAGGUUGCGAUCACUUCCGUCGUCUUCCUCAAAGGAGUAUAUCCUCCAGGUGCGUUUGAAAGACGGCGAUAUAUGAAUGUAGUGGUUCAGAAGGCUCGCCACCCGCAACUUAGAGAAUACAUCCAUUCCUCAGUCACUGGACUCCUUCCUUUUAUCCAGAAGGGCUUGGUGGAAAGAGUCGCAAUUAUUUUCUAUAACACUGAGAACGUCCCAUUGGAGAGAUUUAUUUUCAAGCUUUUCGUUAACCAGUCUUAUGGUGCAAAGGUGGAAGAAGCUGAUCUAGAGUUCUCUCUUCGAUCAUUCUUGAUCAAGCUUCCAUUAUCAGAAACUCUAACAAAGGUUUUGCCCCGGGAUUGCAGGUGGGAGAUAACUGUUUACUUCCGUUCACUCCCUCAGGCUAGUACAAGCAAGGAUGCAGAGUUAUGGAUCCCGACAGACACGAAGCAGUGGCUGCAACCUCCAUUGAUAACCCCUGUCAAGUCAAUGAGCAGUGAACCUAUCUGUGUGCAGCUAUAUCUGGAACAUCCUAGUCUGUCCGAGCCAAAGCUUUAAGGGAAACUUGAACAAGGUCUAUGCAGCGGAAAUAGGACUAGAGAGAGCUAUGGAGAGAAUUAUUAGGCCACACAAAAUAAAGCAAAUUUGGUUUUCCUUGAAAUAUAAAAUUAUUGGAUACCAUUUGUGGCAAAUGCCGAUCUCAUUGUUCAUUUGUGUGUCGUGUCGUGUAGAUUCUAUGUGGAGUCUACACAAAUGAACGGUGAUCCACACAAAUGAAUGGUUACAUCAUGCCACAAAUGGCAACUAAUAACUGAACUGGAAACCAAGGAGAAUCUAGAACUUGAGAUUGUAUUGUUUAUAAUCUGCCUUUUUUUGUUUCAUCUUUAUUUGUGGGACAUUUAUUUUUUUUUAUUUUUUUCCAGCUCUCAUAAAUUUAAAAUCCAAACCUAACUUAAACGAGACCACAACUUGCAAAUGUCAAGAAGAAAAUGGCUUAGUGGUUA